UCUCUCUCUCUCUCUCUCUCUCUCUCUCUCUCUCUACUUCUCCCCCCUCCCCCUCUCUCUUACCUUGCUUCCUUUUUUUUACUUUUUCUCUUUCUCUUUCUCUUUUCUCCCAAACAGGGUACUGAAUAAUUAUCUGGUUUGGCAAACGGUGAAAUCACUAACCGCCUGCCUGUCGAAACCGUUUCGCGACGCUUACAAGGGCCUGAGGAAAGCUUUGGUCGGUUCGGAAGGCCGGGAGGAGCAAUGGCGUUAUUGCGUCAGCGAUACGCAUAACGCGAUGGGUUUUGCGAUCGGUGCCAUGUUCGUUAGAGAAGUUUUCCAUGGAAAGAGCAAACCCAUGGCGGAGAAGAUGAUCGAUCAAAUACGGAAAGCUUUUACCAAGAAUUUGAAGAAUCUGGAUUGGAUGGAUCCGGAAACGAGGCGGGCAGCCGAGGAGAAAGCGAACGCGAUUACCGACAUGGUCGGUUUCCCAAAUUUUAUCUUGAACCCGUACGAGCUCGACGAACGUUACAAGGAUCUGGCGAUCAAGCAGAACGAAUACUUUCAAAAUAACAUACGGGUGAAUAAGUAUAAUUUGCGAAAGAAUCUAGAAAAGUUGGAUCAACCUGUGAACAGAACUACGUGGAUCAUGACACCGCCAACGGUGAACGCUUAUUACUGGCCUACGAAAAAUCAAAUGGUUUUCCCAGCAGGUAUCCUUCAGAGCCCAUUCUACGAUAUGGAAAAUCCGAACAGUUUGAAUUUCGGUGGUAUAGGGGUCGUGAUGGGACACGAAUUGACUCACGCGUUCGACGAUCAAGGUGAGGAGUACGAUUUGCACGGGAACUUGAAUCAUUGGUGGAACAAUGCCACGAUAGAGAGAUUCAAAAAUAGAACGGAGUGUUUCGUCAAGCAAUACAGAAAUUUCGAGAUAAAUGGCCGACACGUGGACGGAUUGCAGACAUUGG